CUGUCAAACAUUACAAUCUGCGACGAAGUCAGUGUAAAAUUAUUUUUGAACAUAAUUUUUAAGCAGUCAUAAGACAUGAAGAAACAUCAAACAAGACAAAAAACUUUAAAUGACCCGGUUAUUGUUUCACGGGUCAAAAAUUAUCUAGCUGAAAACGUGGAUAAGACAUUUGUCGAUGUUAGUCAAAUGGCGCGUUCUCUGAAAGAGCGCUAUCGCGAAUACAGCAACAGAAGCGACAACGCUUUUUGUCAAAUGGUCGAAAGUGCUUAUAAAGUAGUGUUACAAAGCUACGGACUGGAUGGUGCAUCUACGUCUGAAGGUUCAGAAGAAGAAUCAGACUUGGAGUUAUUAGACGAAAACAAUAGUGCGCUUAAUGAUCGGUUAUUAGCAAUGUACAAGAUGCAGGAUAAAAAACGGGCGCCGGCCUCCCGCAGAGCUACUGACAAGUCAGGUGAACCUAUUGAUAUACUCAGUAGUGAUGAGGAUGGCAGUGCCGCGCCAAAAAUACCGAAAAUCAAUGAUCAAAUAACAAUUACACCUCAUAUACCGUCGAGAAAUGCAAACAGUACAGCUGUCGAAAGUAUAGUGAGGCCACAACAAAUACUAAAUAUAACAGAUAAAAAGCGAAAAUUAGACUCAAAUAAAAAUGCCCCACCAAAGAAAAAGGCCGAAUUUGGCUCUGUUAAAAAUGUUAAGGUUAGUUUUGAAGAUGUUGGUGGUAUAUCAGAUUUAAUUACACAAAUCUGUGAUCUUGUCUUACACAUGAAACAUCCUGAAGUUUACACUCAGUUAGGGAUAAAAUCACCUCGAGGUGCCUUAUUACAUGGCCCUCCAGGUACUGGAAAAACAUUAAUAGCUCAUGCAAUAGCCGGUAAACUUGAACUACCCCUUAUAGCUGUUACUGGUACUGAAUUGGUAGGCGGAGUAUCUGGUGAGUCAGAGGAAAGAAUAAGGGAGUUAUUUGAUAGAGCUGUGUCAGUUGCUCCAUGUGUGCUAUUCAUUGAUGAAAUAGAUGCAGUAUGUGGAAAUAGAAUCCAUGCUCAAAAAGACAUGGAAAAAAGAAUGGUUGCACAGUUAUUGGCGAGUUUAGAUAGUUUGAAUGAAAAUAUUGCUUCUGUCUUGAUACUGGCUGCAACAAAUAAUCCAGAUGCUUUGGAUCCUGCCUUACGAAGAGCAGGUCGAUUAGAACAGGAAAUUACUUUAGGAAUCCCAUCAUUAAAGGCUAGAAAAGAAAUUUUAUCAAUACUUUGUAAAAAUUUAGCCUUAGCAGAUGAUGUAGAUAUGAAUGCUCUUGCCCAAAUCACUCCGGGGUUUGUAGGUGCUGAUUUGCAAGCUCUUGUAAACAAAGCAAGUACAUAUGCGGUCAAAAGAAUAUUUGCUGAGAUUCGUAUAAAAAAUAAAUUAGAGACAUUAAAAAAAACUGAAGAAACAAAAAUUAAUAAUGAAGAUGUCAAUGUUAUCCCCAAUGGCGAUGGCAGCAGUGAAGAAUCUGUAAAAGAACCCGAGGACCCUGUUGAGAGUACCACAGAACCACCUCCACAAACAGAGUCCACCGAAGUAACUCCACAGGAAACUAAUGAAAAUGGAAGUGGCUUAAAUAAUCAUAUUGUAGAAGAGCCCACAAGCAAACCCACCCAGCUCGACCCAGUUGAUGAAGUUUUAUGCCUUCUUGAAAAUAACAUACCUUAUACUCCAGAAGAGUUAAUUGGGCUUGCAAUUAGAUAUGAUGAUUUUUUAAAAGCUCUUAAAACAACGAAACCCUGUGCUGUUAGAGAGGGUAUAGUUACAGUUCCUGAUGUUACAUGGGAUGAUGUGGGUUCACUAAAUCAAGUUCGGAAAGAUUUACAACUAGCUGUAUUAGCUCCUGUGAAAUAUCCUGAGCAGUUAAAAAAACUUGGGUUAUCGGCACCAAGUGGUGUAUUACUAUGUGGACCCCCAGGUUGUGGUAAAACAUUGCUAGCAAAAGCCGUUGCAAAUGAGGCUGGUGUCAACUUCAUUUCUGUAAAAGGUCCAGAGCUAUUAAAUAUGUAUGUAGGUGAGAGUGAACGUGCAGUUCGCACAUGUUUCAGGCGAGCCCGUAAUUCUGCUCCAUGCGUAAUAUUUUUCGACGAAUUUGAUGCCUUAUGUCCGAGAAGGAGUUCACACGACAAUAAUGGAGCCGCCAGAGUAGUUAAUCAAUUAUUGACAGAAAUGGAUGGAAUAGAAAGUCGCGAAGGAGUUUUUGUUUUAGCUGCAUCCAAUCGACCUGACAUUAUCGACCCAGCGGUUUUGCGACCUGGACGUCUAGACAGGAUAAUGUACGUCGGUAUGCCUGCAACUGAAGAUAGGUUCGACAUUCUAAAAAAACUAACAAAAUCAGGAACAAAACCUCAACUUGGGCCAGAUGUCGAUUUACAAGUUAUUGCAGACUUGACAGAAGGCUACACAGGAGCAGACUUAUCCGGUUUAGUGCGAGCUGCGGCAACGAAUUCUUUGACAAACCACAUUGCAAACGGAACCCUUGAAGGGGAGAUUUUCGUAUCAUUCGAAGACUUCAGAGCUGCCCUUUCAAAAUGUAAACCUUCGGUAUCUUCUAAAGAACAAUUGCAUUAUGAGAAACUAAGAUUGAAAUAUGCAGGCGGUAUUGAUGAGAAGGAAAUGGAAAUGGAGACUGAACUGACUAAUGAAGAAUCAAUGGAUACGGUGUAAAAUAUAUUUAGGUUAAAUGUAAUACGACAGUAGUAAGCUAAAAGUUCCACUUGUAUCACGUCCCAUACUUUAAGCGUGUUUAAAAAAGUGCCAAGUCAAAUAUAGAAAACUUUGAUGUAUUUGAUGUCUUUUACUGCCUUAAGUUCAAAGUAAUAAUUGUAGUUUUCAGUAAAUAAUCAUAUUGUUUUGUGUGCUUCUGUAUUUAAAGUGUAUGUAUAUACGAUCUUUCAAGAAAUAUUUACAUAAAUUUUAUAUUUGUUAAUGAGAUAAUAAAAAUGAAAAGUGUGUCUUGGUUAUGUUAAAACAUAUGAUACAAAUAUAUUAUUUUAAUAUUUCAUGAACGAAUAAUUGUAACUAUUUUUGAGAGUGAUAAAGAUGGUAGGUAAUCUCAUGAAGCCAUUUAUGAAUGUGCACAUUUUGAAUUCAGUGACAAAUAAAAUAUUUUUAUUAAAAUACACA